AUUUGCGUCAGAAACACUUUGUUCUUGGUGUCGACACAAGAAAAGAAUGAUAUUGAAGCAUUCUGGAGAAAUGAAAUAAAAGUGUCACAAACAUGCGCAACUAUUUAAAAUUUUCAUGUUUGACGCAAUGCAAAAACCUCAAACGCCAACACUUGCGCUCCGCACUUAUCUUUCUUUCAUAUUCUUCUACCAUGACAAAACAUAGACUCGCCAUCAUAGGAAAAGGCCUUGUAGCUUCGGCUAUUGCUAAGCAGGCCGCAACCACAUAUGGCUCAGUGACCAUGGUGUCACGUAGCAAACCUCUUGAAAUGGACCAACUACCCGACCGCGUUAGUCAUGUUCAAGGUAACGCUCUGCACCCUUCGCCAUUCUCAGACGUUAUACGAAGUGCUGACGCAGUGGUGUCGACUGUCGGUGUCAUUAAGGAAAGCAAAGGCGAGGACGGAACGUUUGAAAGACUAAACCGAGACGCCGUUGUUAGUGUGGCGCGUGAAAUGGUCAAAACCCAGCCGCCGAACUUGGAUCGCCGAUGCCUGGUGUACUUCUCAGCUGCUAAUGCUCCACCCGGAUUCCUGCUCGAUCCUCGCUACAUCAACACCAAGAGAGAAGCUGAAGAGGCCUUGUUAUCAAAUGAAUUCAAAGAUAAGUUGCGUGUUGUUAUUGUUCGGCCAGGCAUCAUUUAUUCUAUGACCCAGAGAAAGUUUAUGCUACCCAUUGCUGUAGAAACCAUGCUUGUUUCUGCCCUUCUUCGACCCUUCCGCCAUCAUCUUCCCGAUGCCAUGCAGUUCAUGGCUGAUAAACCUCUGUCCGACGACAUUGUCAGCAUGGCCGUCCUGGAAGCAAUCAAAAAGCCCGAUGUGCAUGGAAUUAUCGGAGUUGAUGAAAUUCAGGAAUUAUCCAACCUCUGGCGCAAGCGUCAGUAAAUAUGCCAAAUAGCACUUGUACAAUAGAUGUAGAAGAGAGUGGAAAUUUUGUCAAAUGAGUUCAAUAGAGUAGCAGUAAGCAAUGGAACAAAUAAAAGUUAUAAGUAUAAUGGGAUGUGA